AUGUCGGACACACCAGCUCCUGAUCCGGACUUUGUCGGCAUCCAAGACUUCAAGGUUGUAGCUUCUUACGGCUAUCCCAAUGAGCAGCAGGAUGCACGAUGCUUCCCAAUCAUGGUUCCAGGAAUGCCACGUGUAUGGCAGCCGCCACGGGUGCCGCCUGCGCUGCGUGGAAGUACCGGCUACUGCACAUACGGUGACCAGGCGGCACCCAACCAAUCUCCACUGGACCCAGCUCUGUGCGCCGUUCUUACCAUGCAGCCUCAGCACGACUUCAAGGAUCUUGACAUCAUUACCGAUCGUAGUCAACGCAAGGGCCUCAUGGGCAUGUCGACCGGAGAGUCGCUCAGUUGGACGUGGGAUGUUGAGAUCGUUGGCAACACUGUCCUGAUCAUGCGGGCGGAGCACAAGCCAAAAAAGCUGAUCGAUCAUUUCAUUGGCUGUCGCCCCGACUUCGAAGCCAAGUACUUCCGCUACAAUGGACGGUAUAGACGGAGAGCCGAGUCUUUGACCGACACAUCCUCGCCGAGAGGCGAGAGGAGUGUCCUUCUCCAGAUCGGCAAUUUCGAGACUGUGGGAGUCAAUGCGGAUGGGAAGAUGAUGCCCAUAGAUCGUGUGUUGGAGUACUACCUCAAAAGAGGGAAUGACACAGUAUUCUACACAGACAAGAAGCCAGAACUGUGGCUCUCACAGACCGCGAAUUUCGUGUGGGCUAAUCCAAGCAGCGUCUUGCGGGGAGAAUCACUGCCAUGGGAGGAGUUCCAGGACGUGGUGGAAGGGCGGGCCAUCACGAAGUACGAAGACGUACUGUCGGACGUUACAGAUUGGCAAGAAAAGAAUCAAGGCAUCAUUCGUGGUCUGGUCGCAUCCAUCAAGUCGUUGAUCGAGUGUGUCAGAGCUGGGCAGGAGACGAUGGGUGGCGCGAGAUUUGUGCUUCAUCACGACCGUGCGGUUGACGGGUUUGUGUGCGAAGUCGCCGCAGAGGGCCAGGCACCAGGUCUGCCAGAAGAAGUCCGGGAUCGCAUGAUCAAUGGCGGAGACUCAUUGCCUGCCGCGAUUGCACCUCAAGCUGGUGACAGUACUCCUUCCACGGAUCCAGUCUGGAGUCAGUCCGGCGCAGCAGCACUGAAGAAAAGGUUGCUUAAGUCUAAAUCGGCUUCAUAA